AUGAAGCUUUAUGCGCUACUUUACAUGACAGCGCCUCUUUUUUGCUGGUGCAACGCAGGAAAAAAAGAAACAAACCAGCUUAUGAUCACUCGCCUAGCCCAAAUUGAUAGUAUGCUAAGAAAUAUUCUGGAUGGAAAAGUGUCUCCGCAGAAGUCAUUUCUGAGCAGCACUCUAAAGGGGCUUUCUUCCAAAAGUUCCAAAUCCAGAAGCACGUCAAAAAAAGCAAGAAGCAAGCAAAAGAAUGUGGACAGUGAGUCAGACUAUGCCACAACAAAAGAAAUACAGGUAAGGGAGCGAAAAGAAGCCCCUAGGCUGUACUCUAGAGACGAUGAAGAUUCCUUUGAAAAGCCAAGAAGAAAAAAAAGAACCCGGACAUAUAGUGCAGAUGAUGAAGAGAGCUCUGCAUACUGGAGACCUUCUAAAGGAUCUCGCGCAAAUUCUUCCUUCGAAGAGUCCGCUGAUAGAGAUUAUGAUGUUUCCUCUGUGAAUAGAAGGGCUGCCAAGCCAGGUGGCUAUGCGUAUGACGAUGAGUAUAGCCAAGAAGAACGAUAA